UACAUCCAUCUAUAAGGGAUCGGAGGAAGCCAGGGCCAAGAGAUAUAGAGGAAGAGACGGCCAGACGGGAGGGAAAGAAGGAAGAAGACACCCUAACCUACCUUAGAGAGUAGAGACGAAACCCUUCACCCCUCGGCGGUGGGGAAGAUGUCGACGGACACGAGAAAGAGCUCGACGGAGUCGGAAGUGUCGGGGCUGGACUACGAGGAGACGGAGCUGAAGCUGGGCCUGCCCGGUGGGUCCAGGAUCGGCGGAUCGGAGCCGGAGAGGAAGCGGGGUUUCGCGGAGACCGUGGAUCUCAGCCUCGGGGGCGAGACGUGCGCCACAGAUCUCGGCGAUCGAUCCACCGACUCCUCCGACGGCCCCGUCUCCGGCGCCGGCAGGCCCCCAGCGGCCAAAGCCCAGGUGGUGGGGUGGCCGCCGGUGAGGUCGUUCCGGAAGAACGCGUUGAAGAGCUGCACCUACGUGAAGGUGGCCGUCGACGGCGCCCCCUAUCUUCGGAAGGUUGACCUCGAGAUGUACGGAGGCUACCAGCAGCUCUUGACCGCCCUCGAGGACAUGUUCUCCUGCUUCACCGUCCGUAACAAGAGGCUUGUGGAUCCUGUGAACGGGACGGAGUACGUGCCCACCUACGAGGACAAGGACGGCGACUGGAUGCUCGUGGGGGACGUCCCCUGGAAAAUGUUUGUUGCAUCAUGCAAGCGUCUUCGGUUGAUGAAAAGCUCCGAAGCUGUCGAUUUAGCUCCAAGGACCCCUCAGGGAUCCACAAACACAAAGUGAAUGGGAGCUGGAGCAUCUUCUGAUGAUAUGAUCAUGUACAGGGAUUGUUUCUUGUCCUCUUGGUUUUCCUCAAGUCCUGUGUCAUGGAGAGUAGAAAUAAGAGCUGCUGUACUUUCUGUAAUUGUUUUUUUGGCUUGAAGAGAAUAUAAGAAUAUACAUUACAAUUUGCUUUGUGAUCAAUAAGAGCAAGUUUAAGAACGUAGUCCAGCUAAA